UCAUGGCAUCACAGCUGUUAACCGUUUAGUUAUUUGUUAUUAUUUUAAUUAAAUAAAUCUAGUGUUAAGUUUUAAUAUUUAUUAAUUUAUUUUAUUUAUUAUUAGAAAUAUGGCUUUUUCAAAAGCUAAAUUAACGCGCUUUAAUGAUGUUAUAAGUGAUACUCCAGCACCGGGUAGAUAUAAUCCAAAACAUGAUAAAUAUGCUCGAUCUUGUACUCCAACCUCAGAACGUGGUGAUUUGAAUAAAAGUCCUAUCAGCAGUGUGGCUUCAGAGAAAAAUUCGGUUAUUAGUACACCAUGUUUCAGAACGCCAAAUUUACCUGCCCGUCGAAAGCUACUUUGUUCACAAUCUGCAAGAAAAUUCUCUCAAAAAGAAAAUUUACAACCAACACCUGUUUCACAACAAUUAUUAGACCAACAACGUGAAGAAUUGCAAGAAAGAAUUGUGGAAUGCAAUAAUAAGACACAAUGUAUAAAAGAUUUAGAAAUACAAAUUGAAGAAUUGAAAGAACAAAUUUCCAAUUUAAAGCAAAAUGAAAUGGAUGAUGCUCAAGAACUUGAAAAACUUACAAUUCAAAUAGACGAAUUAUUGGAGGAAAAACAAAAAUUGAUCGAAGAAAUCGGAAAAAUUCAAGUACAACAUCAAAAUGAUAUACAUGAAAUAAAAGCUUUAUUGGCGGACACUGUAGAUGAGAAAGAUACAUUAAUAUUUGAAAAUGAAGAACAUCAAAUUGAAAUAUGCGAAUUGCAAAAAUCAAAUGAUGAAUUGGAAAUAGAAAAUUAUGAAUUACAAUUGAAAUUACGAAAUAAGAAUAUCAUACAAAACAAUUUAAUCAAACAACAAAAACGCUUCCAACUUUUAAUGCAGAAAAUGAAAGCUAAACAAAAAAAUAUAACGUUUUUACGAAAACGUAUAAUGACUUUACGUAAAGAAUUGUGUGAUCUUAAAACUGAAACACACACUGAAAUUUCAAGUUUACAACAGCAAUUAAUUGCAGCUGAAGCGGCCAAAAAUAAAGAACGUGAAGAAACAGAAACAGGAUUUUUAGAAGUAAUUCAACAAUUGAGAUCCACAAAUAAUGAAAUAUUAAAAAAUCAUAAAAAAGAAAUGACACAAUUUAAAGAUAGUACUCAUCAACAUUUACGUCAAAUUCAGGAAAAUGCAAAUUUACAAAUUCGUGAAUUACAGACACAAUUAGAUGAAAAUCUAAAAAAACAUGAGAUGGAGACAAAAAAUUUAAAAUUAAUUUUAUCAGAUACAGAACGCGAUUUACAACAUGCUAUCGAUGGUAAAGAAAAAUUGGACAUGGAAUUGGGACAAAAAAAAUGUGUUAUAAAUGAAUUACAACGGAAAUUAUCAUCUACAAUUAUCGAAUUAAAUGAAGUACGUGAAAAUUGGUCGAAAGAAAUUAGUGAACUUCGAACUGAAAUUGAUAAUAUUAACAAUCAAAAACGUCGAUAUGCAAUUGCUUUAGAUGAAACACGAUCAACCGUACAAGUAAUUACAGAUCGUUUAGUUGAAUCAGAUCAAGGUGUGGAACAGUUAAAAAAUCAAGUUGAAAAGCUUCAACUAACUAAAAUACAAAUUGAAAAUGAAAAUAAUGAAUUAAAAAAGAAAACAAAAGAAUUAGAAGAACUUUACACUACUUCAAGUGAAAAGCAAUGGGUUCAAAUGGAAAAAAUGAUUCGUGAUGAUAUUGACAAGGAGAAACGAGAAUUAACCGAUGCUGUGGAAAACUAUAAACAAUUAACCUUGAACACAAUUAAAGAUUACGAAUUAAAACAGCAAACUUUAAUAAGCAGUUUAAAUGAAACAAACAUGAAAUAUAAAUCUUUGGAAGAAAAAUACAAUGAAUUACAUAAAACAUCAACGAAGAAAAUACAAACUUUAGAACAAGAAUGUAUGAAGCAUAAAAAUAACAAUAAAGAAUUACUAGAUCAAUUGAAAUCUAGAGAACAAAAAUUUUUGGAAGCUCAGUCAUUAAUCAGUGCAUCCAAAAUUGAAAUUGAACAUCAAAGUUCUGAAAAUAUUGAAUUGAAAUUCAAAGUAAAUCGUCUUGAAUCACAGAUUGCUAGUUUACAAGUACCAAUGGAUAAAAGUAAAAUAAAUAAACUAAUUGAAGAGAAUAAAAAGUUGAAAAAUCAAAUGAAAAAUAUUGAAGAAUUGCCAGAAUUUAGAGAAUUAUUGGAUAAAUAUAAACAAUUAAACAUGCAAGUAAAUAAAGAGAAGAAAGAUAAACAAGAUAUGGAAAAUAAAAUUCGUGCUCAAAAUAAAUUGAUUGAGAAAUUGAAACAAGAAGUUACAUCUCCAAAAUCGGCAUCACGUCGAAGCAAAUUGUUGGUUUCGAAUGAAAAGGAGAAUCAAAGCCCUGGAAAAGUUGCUGUUAUUCGUACUGAUAGUCCUAAUACCACACCAUUAAAAGAUCGAAAUAUUCGUCAGUAAUAGGUAUCACUUAUUGGUUAGUUUUUAAUUAAAAGCUAUUUUCAAUACAUUCCAUAUUUCGAUAGUUUUAAGCGAAACGACUGAUCGGCUUUUUAAAUUUUAUGUAUCUUUAAGUAUAUUUAUUAUAUGAUUCGUGCAAAAUAUUGAACAUUAUCGUUUUAGAUAAAUUUGUUUUAAUCCAAAUAUUAAUGUUUAUUUUUAAGAGAGUAAAGUCAAAAUUGUACAGAGGACAUCAUUGGAGUUUGUACUAUUUUCCAAAUGAUGCAAAAGAAAUCGUCAAGACUCUCUUAAAUAUUUAACGGACAUCGUCGAUAAUCAUAUAUACCCGACGAAUAAAGAUGUUUUUCGUUUAUCCUAUUUCGUUCAUAUUUAGUCAGAUUAUAAUUAAUAUAAAUCUAUCAGGAUCGGGUUUAUCCUCAAUGUCACCUCAUCUCAAUUUAAUUUAUCAAAAUUAUUUCGACACCAAAUAGGUAAUAUCCAAGAUCUUUCAACUUUUCAAAUUAACUAAUUUUCUUCCGCGAUCAUGGGCAGUUGUCAUAGUUAAAUCCGAACCUGAUAUUGGUACCUAUAUUUAUUUCAAAAAUUUUUGUAUUCUCUUUUUAUUAUUUAAUUGCGCUAAUGCUCGAUUUUUUUCACAAUGUAACGAAAUAUAUCCUUAAAAUAUUCUGUGCUCGUAUAUAUUUUUGAUUCAAGGGUCGUUUUAAGGUAAUUUAUCUCAUUACUUGAAUAUAAGAAAUAGUAACUUUUUACAAAAAAAUCACUAACUAGUGAAAAUUAGAGUAUUGCAAACAC